ACUGAUCCCUGGACACCAGAUCAUCCAGAGCAUUUGUGGUAUCAGGCCAUGGCCCAUUGUUGUGAGUACAACAAGGCUUUGGACUGCCUGGAGUUUCUGGUGGUCCAAUGGUUAUUCGAAAUUGAGAAGCUGAACAUAGCCAGAACAGGGUAUGCAAUGUGCACUGCAAUUCCUUGUGCUCUCCAGACAUGCAGCCAAGCCAUCCGGACUGCACUGCAGUGGCACAACAAGCUGGCAUGGCAAGUAUACCCUCCUCGUCUGGAGCUUACCAUGGAGGACAUCCUCAAUCUGGCCUUUGUUGCUGACUUUGCCAUCCUGCAUUUUUCGUGCCAGGACAUCUGGAGCAAACAUUGGGUGCAGCCUCCAGUUUGGGUGCUCAUAAGCAAGUGGCUCCUGAUUCAGUGUACCCAUGCAGAGGUCAGGCAGCUCAAUGUCGAAAUUUGCAGAGUCCUCAACUGGAUUGAGGAGGAACCACAGUGCUGGAAGAAGGCAAUCAACAUAGUUGCUGGCUCUGGUGAUCACAAUCUGGAGGCAGAGCUUACAUUUUGCUUGGACAACUGGAAGAAGGUACAUGCAAGAGUGUAUUCCCGGCUUCAAGAGCUCUUUCAAAUUCCUGGGUAC